ACGCCGCGGCUUUAUGGCAGUACGACGACGUAGAAUUACCCCCGUCGUAAGCAGAUUGUCCAGCAGCGCGAUCGGGACACCCGGUAACGGCAACGGUGGCAGCGCUGGCGGUGGCGGCACCGGCAGCGGGGGUGGCAGCGGCGGAGGGGGUGGUACUGCCGGCAACGGGACUUCCGGUGAUUUCCUGCGCAGAAGUCACUCUCUCACGGAACAUACCGCCCUCCAUCCCGCUUAUCGGAUCAACUACAUGGACCACAUUUACCACACGCUCCAAGCCUCCACGCACAGUCCCAACGCCUCGUUACACGGACUGGGUGGUUUGGGGCCCGAGUACCUUUUGCACGCAGCUGGUCCAGCCAGCACUCUCGCUUCGUCCGAAUUCCCGUUCUCCCUCGACGCUUCGGCAUCAUCGAGACUAGGAAGUCCAAGAGCCUCGGCCAUCAGAGCGAGUCGGAAGAGAGCGCUGAGCAGUUCGCCGUAUUCGGACAGAUUCGACAUUGACAGCAUGAUUCGAUUUAGUCCCAAUAGCUUGGCGUCCAUUGUAAACGGGUCACGGAGUAGCAGCGCGAGCGGGAGCUACGGUCAUCUGUCCGCUGCUAUGAGUCCGGCGUUGGGCAUGCAUCCCGGUAUGGCACCACACCUGCAACAGCUACAGGCCCACCUUUUGAGGAGCGCGGCGGCGCUUUUACCUCACACGCAUCCUCUGCAGCCGCCCGCGCCCCCACCACCGCCUCCGCAUCCUCACGCGCACCCUCAUGCCCACGGAUUAUCCCCGCAUUCGCAAUUGUACCCCGGAGUGCCGCCUCAUUCCACGUCGUCGGCGACACUCGGUCCGCACGGGGCCGCGGUGCCGCCGAAGAGCGAGAGCGCGGAGUCGUGUAGGAAAGCGUCGGAAUCGUCGACUCGUUCGGUGACCGCCGAAGCGGAUACUUCGUCAAGACGAACCGCCACAAAAGUCAAGCGGGAACCGGCGACGACAACCACCAACGCGACUACGACUACCGCUCCGCAAAAUCAUCCCCAGGGCCUCAGCCCGAGCGAAGAUCUCAGAGACGAGCCUGGAGAUUUUAUUGAAACGAAUUGUCACUGGAGAGAGUGUGGCCUCGAGUUUCCUACGCAGGACGAUCUCGUGAAACAUAUCAACAACGAUCACAUACACGCCAACAAGAAGAGCUUUGUUUGCGGUUGGGAGGAAUGCCAGAGGGACGAAAAACCCUUUAAGGCUCAGUACAUGUUAGUCGUGCACAUGAGACGGCACACAGGAGAAAAACCUCACAAGUGUACAUUCGAAGGAUGCUUCAAAGCUUAUUCGCGUUUGGAGAAUCUCAAAACUCAUCUAAGAUCUCAUACCGGAGAGAAACCGUAUACGUGCGAAUAUCCCGGAUGCAGCAAAGCCUUCAGCAACGCCAGUGACAGAGCGAAACAUCAAAACAGAACGCACUCCAAUGAGAAACCGUACGUCUGUAAAGCUCCUGGUUGCUCUAAGAGGUAUACGGAUCCGUCGUCGUUGAGAAAACACGUUAAGACUGUUCAUGGUCCGGACUUUUACGCGAACAAGAAGCACAAAGGCGGCGGUGGCGAUGGCGGUAGCGACGAGGCCGGAACAGGCAGUCAUAGUCCUAGCAGAAGCGAGGAACUUCAUCCGAAGACGCCAAGUCUUUCGAGUCCCAGUGUUAAAUCCGAAAGCGAAGCUAAUAGUCCACCUGUCAUAAUGCAGCAGCAGGGUAGUCCGUUGGUAGCUGGUUGCAACGACGAGGUCGCUGGCGUAGGUGCGAUCACCAGUGACGGUAUCGUUCUUGCUGAAGAGCCAUGGAACGAAGAACCCGAUGAUCUAGACAUUGCUGACCUUCCUGUGGCGUUGCGCGCCAUGGUCGGUGGAAUGGAAUCGCAACAGCAACAACAAGUGGCGCAGCCAACUUCGAGGAAUCGUCUGAAAGGAAGACUGAACGCUAAAGGAGUGCCGAAUAUGCCGGUCACCGUGGCAAAUGUGCGAGGAAUUCGCGGUGUCGCACCUCAGAGCGGUAAUAUCGGGGAUCUGAACAGAAGGAUCACCGACUUGAAAAUGGAGACCGGCGGUCAGACGCGGCAGACGAGUCUGUCCGAUCUCCAGCUGAGGUUGCAGCCGCUCGGCGAACCACGACGAGACAGCAACAGCACCGUCAGUACUUAUUACGGCAGCAUGAGAUCCACCGAUUUUGGUAGCAGAAGAAGCAGCCAGGCGAGCGGUGUCAGUGCUGUCAGAAUGGGACCAGUGGGACCAGAAAGUUUCUACGAUCCGAUUAGUCCCGGUACGUCCAGAAGGAGCAGCCAAAUGAGCACCACUUCCGGCCGGGCCAAUCCGUCAAAUCACCUUCAAGGACCGUACUCGACAAGUAAUCUCGUUGUUCAAACGCAAAACAUGUCUCUUCAGAACAUUCAAGCAAUGCCAAGCGAUUGGAAUGCUCCAAGCGGUCAUACUCAACCAUCGGGCGAUCGCCGAAUGUCCGAACCUAUUCGCAGUAACCAGGUUCAAAGGAUAUCUCCUCCAAUUCCGCCGAGACCACAAUCUGCACAACUGCCCGAGUUUCAUCCGAAUCAGGAGGUGGUCCUGGACGAGAUGGGUGAAGGUGAAUUAGUAGAAAACAAACUGGUUAUUCCGGAUGAGAUGAUGCAGUAUUUAAAUCAGGUUCAAGCAGGCGGAAAUCAAGCUGGUUAUCGCGGAAGUCCUCUACCAAUUUGCCAAUCGCCUAUAUGCACAAAUCCUCUGCAUUAUCAACGACAAAUGCAGCCCGCGUGCAAUUACAAUCAGCAGAACUGCUAUCCCAUUCAGCAACUUGCUCAGCAAUCCUGUCCUAAUUAUCAAAAUUCCUCUUCCGCGUCUUAUCAGUGUCCGAGUUCGCGUGCGACACAAUCGGCGUCGCAAUACUGUCCACCACCGAGUUACGGAUCUCAAGUUCCUGGUGGACAAGUGGCGAGACCAGCGGCUGCAGAUCCGGUUAUGUCGCCGAGUUCUCAUUAUGCUACGUCUCACUUGAGCGAUCAGCCGCUCACCUCGCCCGCGGCAGGCGCGUUGGCGCCGCAACACGCGCCCCAAAACUUGCCCCAGAAUUCUGCCCAAAUGACCAGAAAUUGUCCACAAAAUCACGCGCAUCACAUGUAUUAUCCAAGUUACGGUUGUUCAGGUCAGAUGAAUGCGAACUGCAAUGUCACUAAUGCUGGUCAGACCAGCCAUCAUUCCAAUCAGACUUGCGCGCCAUCGAAUCACAACGUGCAGAUGCGGAUGACGAACAAUUGCCAGCAAUUGUCGCCACACUGCCCGCAGCAAACCGCAUCCAUACCUAAUCCUCAAACUGCCGUUGCUCAUCCAAAUUCGCAGUGCAACCAGUCUUCUGGUCAGUGUGCGAGGUCCCUGGUAACGCUAAACGGACAGAUGCCUAAUAUGCAUUCUGCCCAGCAACCUUCGGUGACGAAUCACUGUGGUCCGAUAUCGCCACUUUGUUCUCAGCUGAACGUUACAAAUCAGGGCAAACCGAUUAAUAUGCUCACGGCGAAUCAUCCGGGAUGCCAGCAACAAACCCAACAGUCCAAUACGGGACAAUCUUGCGUACAACUUACCAACUGUGUUCAUCCUAAUAACCCGCACCGUCAAGUUAACGACGAUGCUACCGCCCUGAAAAGGGCGUCACCGCAACUUUGUAAUGCUCAACAGAUUAACUGUAGAAUGCAACAGCAGCAGCAACAACAGACCUGCGCGCACAAUUGUCAAGCACGCGCCAAUCUACCGACUCAGCAACAAUAUAACUGCAACUGCCAGUGGGCUUACGGAAAUCAAUGUUAUCACGAUCAACAAAACGGAUCGUUACCUGAGAUACAGUGCAGGGAUAUUAGCCAGUCACAGCAGGGUUCGCCGUUGAAGCCGCCUCAAGGAAUGAGACAGGAUUCCUACCGCCGGACCUUGGAGUACGUGCAGCAAUGCAGAAACUGGUCCGGCAACGCGCAAUCACACGAGACCAACGUUUCAAGCUCGACGCAUCCCAUGUCUUUGCCUCAACCGUUACCGGCUAGCACCAAUAUGAUUGUCAACGACAUGACUUCUUCACUCAGUUCUUUAUUGGAAGAAAACAGAUAUUUGCAAAUGAUUCAAUGACUCGUGCCUCUACAACAGAAAAAAAAAUGAGACCAAUUUCAUCGUCUAUUUGAUAAAAAAUAUUUCAAUAUACUGUACCG